AUGAAUGGUGAGCUCAAGUUCCAUCUGCAAACAUCUUCGACAGUCCGAAUUGUCCAGAAUUCUGUUACCGUAGUGUACGGGCACAAUGACCUGCCAAUACGGCGAAUGGGUAAUGUUUCGCUGGUACAAGCCUAUCAGGUUGAGAAACAGUAUUCCUCGCCUUGGCUGCCGUCAGCAUCAGCACAUCUCGCUAAAGACAGCAAAAUGCCAUCGUCGCAUCUGACUCUCUACGUAAGCACAAGCACACUUGGCAGUGAAGGUGCAGGGGACGGGCCGGAGGAGUUGGCGUGGGGUGAUCCCAGCUCGUGGCUUGAACCAGCGUUCGGAUGGCAACCGGAUGCGGAGUACAGAGUCUUUGCACGACUGGUUCGAAUCCUGGGUUGGUGUUGA